GGUGUUGGUGGAGAGACCUGAGAGGACGGAGUGUGUCGGGUCACCGACGCUUCAGGAGAAUUUAGCUCUCCAGAAAUACCCGAAAGGCGGAUAAGUUUUGGUUCAGAAUGCGUCCUUGAUCCACUGGACUUGUUUGAAAACGGAGGGAAAAAAACCAAAAAAAAAAACAAACCUUCUGACAUAAAGCUCCGCUGUUUUUUCUAUUCCUGGAGAGCUUCGUGUCCAAACAUGAUCGGGAGAGGACUGUUCAUAGUGACAGUAUUGUCCAACUGCGUUCUGUCAUUGCCAGUGACUUCAAGUCAGCUGGAGAAUGAAGACGUGAAGGUGAUGAAAUGUAUCGUUGAGGCGUUGGCAGACGUGUUAUCAAGGCCUCACCCCGUGCCUGUCAGUCAGGAGUGUCUGGUCUUAUUGAGGACAGAUGACAGACUUGUGACAAUCCUUCGCCAUCAAAACUUUCUGAAGGAGCUGCAGGAGAUCGCUGUGCACGGAGGCCAAGAAAGAGCUCAGGUGCAAAGAGACGCGGCUGAACCUGCUGCGAUGACACAGACUCCUCAGACUCCUCAGACUCCUCAGACUGCAGACGACGCUUCUGAUCGAUCCAUGCUGGAGGCCUUGGGAAGCAUCGGCGAACGAUCCAUCCUCUCCCAGAAAAGAAAGACAGAAAACGGGGACGGAGAAGAAGAAAAGGCUGAGAGCCUCAAAGAUGGAGACUCUCGGGAGGACAGUGUUGACAUCAUGGAGGAGACGCCGGUGAAGAGGGAAGAGGACGAGAGCCCAGGAGGUCACGUCUCUGAGUCUGUGGAUGAGUGGAGCGAGGGGAAGACUGGAAAACGGGAGGAUGAGGAUGAGGAUGAGGAGGAAGAAGAAGAAGAAAAGAGAGCACAUUCAGAGGAGAGUUCAGAGGAGGAGGAAAAGGAAAACCUGUCUAAGAAGGAGAAAGGUGCUGCAUCUGAGGACAAGCCAGAUGCACCCAGACACAAAUCAAAAGAGCAGACUCUAGGUGAGGAAGGUGAGGAGGAGGAGGAGGAGGAAGACAAGAGAUCUUCAUUUCGCUCAAACAAACAUGAGGAGGAAGAGGAAGGUGACGUGAAGGGAGGGAGCAAGGAAAGCGGCAAGCAGUGGAACAAGAGAGGCAAAGGCUUGCGACUGAAGAAGAAAGCCGAGAGGAAGGAGGCGCAGCAGCUCGCACAUCAUUCGAAGGAGGCUGCAGAGGACGAAGAGGGGAAGAAGAAAAGAGAUGCACAGAAGAGUCCAGAGGAGAAGGAGCUGCAGAUGAUCGCAGGAAGGUCACCAGAGGAGAGGAAGGGUUUGGAGGAAGAGGGGAGCGCCAGUAGAAAGUCAGAGGAACCUGAGAUUGAAAGCCUGGCAGCCAUUGAGUCAGAGCUGGAAAAUGUUGCCCAGAAACUCCAUGAGCUGCGACGAGGCUGAGAGAGAGAGAGAGAGCGGGAGAGAGACAGAGAGAGAGAGCUAGAGAGAGAGAGAGAGAGGCUGGUUGACACUGCUGCAACCUCCUUUGCCUCCUUUGCCUCCUCGUCCUCCUCCGCUUUACCAGAUGCCUGGUUUCCAUAGAUAGUGUGUGAAUAUGUAACAAGUUUUUAUCUUUUGCUGUUUCUCUCGAGGAUGUCCACACUGCUACAGUCUCCCACGCCUCCCUCCCUCCCUCCCUCCCUCACGGACACACACACACACACACACACACACACAUAAAUACUAAAACAAAACAAAUGCACCCGUUUCUCUGCAUUAAAACACAAAUCACAACACAACAUUCAGCAAGGCUCCUGACGGGGGAAAAUCUCUCUGCCAAGUGAAAGACGACAGUUUGCCUUUUCCCUUUUUCUUUCUUCUCCUCUCUGACAAUCAUCGCUGCCUUUCUUUGCAAAUGCGUGUCGCCUGCUUUUCAGAUUAUUUUUGAAUCCUGCACACUGAUUUAUGUGAAAGGUUAAGGCAGAUCCAGGUAUAAACACACUAUCACCAUGAGUUUGUACAUGUACACGGCUCUUUCUUGAGAUGCUUACUUAAAUAUUAUAAGGAACAAGAAUAGAUACAUGCCUGUUUAUUAUUCUAAAUACAGUCGAGUCUAGUCACGCCAAGGCAAUAAGUGAACAUUUUUAGCAGACAAAAUGGCCAGAUUGUAAUCUGAAACUGUAUGAAAUUUGUGUAAGAAAAAAAAUAAAUUUGAAUCUGGAAAGCUGGUUGGUAGAUUCCUUGGAUACAAUAUGUGCAAUAAACUUUGUAUCCUUCAUAGUGAAUGAAGCUCCUCGCUGCAGAGAGACGAUCGAUUCACAUGUAUAGUUUGAGUCUGCACUUGUUUGUGUCUGUGGGCGAUGGAGCUGAAAACAUGAUUCAUCACAUUCCAUAGUACAUGUGUUCAUUUCUUAGACGACAACGUUUUGAUCCUGGAUUUAUUAUGCUUUGGCCGUUGCUAAUGAGAAGGAGUCGUCAAUCAGCCGCUGCAGAGUGGGUGACUCUUACUGAUGAGUAAUAGCUAAGGAGAGAGCGAUGCUUGAGCAAAGGUGAAAUAAAUAAAUAAAUAAACGGAUUGAGACGAGACAAAAAUAGAUUGCAGGCAGAGGAGAAAAGUUUGACUUUCUCUGGCAACUUAUAUAACUAUAGCUGCUGUAGACGCAGUCGAAAUCCACAACCUUUUAUGUCUAUAUUAAUAUUCAAAGAAUAAAAAAAAUAUAACACAGUUAAAUCACUAUUUGAAACUGGUAACACAUUCAUUAUAAACAGAGUGGAUUUUAUUUGAUUGCAGACCUCUUAGCCGUUAAUCACACUGUAUUAUAAUCUGCAGCAAAACACAUUCAUCAGGAAAAACCUUGUUAUAAAUGCAGAAAUAUUGAGGACAACAAAGUGAAUUGGACACCAGGUGGCGACAUUGUACAGUGGGGUUUAUUUUUUCUUCAUCAAAAACAAUCUCGUCAUAUUACUCCGAUUGUUUACUUUAUCAGCGGUCACACACUUUCUUAAUGUAUCAGCUCAUUACAGAAGAAGAUGUUUUCUUAUGUAAAUUCAACAAAGAGGAAAAACUCGCGCACAUGGUUAGAGGUCAAUUAUAUAACAUUACAGGAUUACAAAUCCUUUCAAUCAGCUUUAUUAUUUACUUUUUUUCACUCAAGCUGCAAACGUGACACAGUGGAAAUGUUUCAUUCGUGUUCAAAAGUAAUAAUCACUUGCAGUCAGUGCUGUUUGAAGGCUUUAAAUAUGUUAAAAAUGUCAGCCAGUGGAUGUAAUGAGUGAAGAGUAGUUAUCAAUUAAUAACAAUUAAAGACACAUCUGGAAAGCGUGUUUUGUAUAAAAAUAUAACAUUUUAUUUCCAGCUACAAAGUCAAACAUGUAACAUCUUUGUCACACUUCUCAAUAAAAAUACACUGUUGAUACAUUUUUCAAAGCACAGCACAACAUUUUGGCUUUUUAAAUUAACUUAAACUAUACAAAUAUGUACAACAUUUACAUGUCGACAAUAAAAAGGAAUGAAAUUGCAAUUCUUCCAGUCGUUCCUCGUACAUUUUGUACAAAAUAGUCACGUCUUCGUUUCUUCCUUCUGACCUGAAUCAGGAAUAGUCAUGUUUUCUUUCUUUUUUUUCCCUCAGUGCUGUGGCAAAGCCCACUGUCUCCAUAUCUAACCCUAAACUCAGGGCGCUGCUUGCUUUCUCAUCCACAUGCUGGGCGGAAACUCUGACCUUUCCUCCACUCUGAGGAGAGUGAACAGCGUCUUACACAGACAAGGCUGACAUUCAGGCCUGUGCUUACACAAACACAUGCACACAAACACACGCACGCACGCACACACACACACACACACACGCACAAGGACACAUUCAGACCUGUUUGGACAGGGGAACACUGGCCUGCUGUGGUCUGCAUGCUCCCUCUACAGCUGCUACAAGUGCGCAGGUCUGGUCAGGACUUAGGGUGGAGGGAGUAAUUAGACACCUCAUUUUUUAGAGGCGGCAAAGGUUUAGAUAAGGUUUUUAAAAUGCACACUGUAAAAUGGACACAUUUCAAGGGGAAUGGGUGGAACCUGACAGCAGGCUUGUCAAUAGUUAUAGUGCAGGAAUCUCUCGGAGCUGCUACGCAGCCCUCUGUCUGAGUCUAUGUGGCUGAUAUUCAGCAGCCAUAAAAUACUCACAGACACUCAGACAAAGUGUCUGGACUACCUUUACAAUGAGACAAUGUCAAACUUAAACGUGAAAAAAAACAAAAACAUAUAUACUGAGCUGCAAAAUGAGAUGGAGUUCUGCGUUUUUUUUUUGUUUUUCAAGUCAUAAGCUCUGAUCGUCCUUGAGUGGCUCACGCCAUGUCUCCCAACAUCUUCUUGUAAUACAUGGACUCAAAGAUGUCGUUCUCCCCGGGGCAGUUGUGGUGGCAGGCGCAGGACUUGAUGAACA